GGUCGGACCGUCCUGCCCGUCCUGCCCGUCCUGCCCCCUCCGCUUCUCUCCUUGCCCCCGGUGGCCUGGGCCGGGGCCCGGCCGGUCGCCCACCUGCUCCAUCGCCCGCGGGGCCCCGGAGAAGCUGUGCUUUCUCGGGCACCCUGCAAGAGAAGCACUUUUGAUUGCGCCGGGAGAGUUUUGGAAGUAAGUGCGACGCUUCGAAGAAGAAAGACCUUGCGGUUUCAAUGACUAAAAGUAAUGGAGAAGAACCCCGGCUCCAGGGCAGGAUGGAGCGUUUCCAGCAAGGGGUCCGCAAACGGACGCUCUUGGCCAAGAAAAAAGUGCAAAAUAUCACCAAGGAGGAUGUUAAAAACUAUCUGUUCCGGAACGCCUUUGUGCUCCUCACUGUCACUGCUGUCAUCGUGGGUACAAUUCUUGGAUUUACCCUGCGGCCUUACAAUAUGACCUAUCGGGAAGUCAAGUACUUCUCUUUCCCAGGAGAACUUCUGAUGAGGAUGUUACAGAUGUUGGUUUUACCCCUCAUCGUAUCCAGUUUAGUCACAGGCAUGGCGGCCCUCGAUAGCAAGGCAUCAGGGAAGAUGGGAAUGCGGGCAGUUGUCUACUACAUGACCACGACAAUCAUAGCUGUGGUGAUUGGCAUUAUCAUCGUCCUCAUCAUUCACCCAGGAAAAGGCUCCAAGGAAAACAUGCACAGAGAAGGCAAAAUCAUGCAGGUGACAGCAGCGGAUGCCUUUCUUGAUUUAAUCAGAAACAUGUUCCCUCCAAAUCUGGUGGAAGCCUGCUUCAAACAGUUUAAAACAAACUACGAAAUGAAGAGCUUUAAAACUUCUAUCCCACCCAAUGAGUCUUUGGUGGAGUCCGUAAUCAACAAUGUGUCCGAAGCCAUGGAGACCCUCACCCGGAUAAGAGAAGAGUUGGUCCCCAUCCCAGGAGCCGUCAACGGAGUCAACGCAUUGGGUCUGGUGGUCUUCUCCAUGAGCUUUGGAUUAGUGAUUGGGAAUAUGAAGGAACAAGGACAGGCAUUAAAAGAUUUCUUUGACUGCCUGAACGAGGCUAUUAUGCGAUUAGUAGCUGUCAUCAUGUGGUACGCGCCACUGGGUAUUCUCUUCCUGAUUGCUGGCAAAAUUGUUGAGAUGGAAGAUAUGGGAGUGAUUGGUGGACAGCUUGCCAUGUACACCAUUACGGUCAUUAUUGGUUUGCUCAUUCAUGCUGUUAUUGUUCUACCACUGCUCUACUUCUUAGUAACUCGAAAAAACCCGUGGGUUUUUAUUGGCGGAUUGCUGCAAGCACUCAUUACUGCUUUGGGAACAUCUUCAAGCUCUGCCACACUGCCCAUCACCUUUAAGUGCCUGGAGGAGAACAAUGGUGUGGACAAACGGAUCACCAGAUUUGUGCUCCCAGUGGGGGCAACCAUUAACAUGGAUGGAACUGCCUUGUAUGAGGCCCUGGCCGCCAUCUUCAUUGCUCAAGUUAAUAACUUUGACCUGAAUUUUGGGCAGAUUCUUACCAUCAGCAUCACGGCCACCGCCGCCAGCAUCGGAGCGGCCGGAAUUCCUCAGGCAGGGCUGGUCACCAUGGUCAUUGUGUUGACAUCAGUGGGUUUGCCAACGGACGAUAUCACGCUCAUCAUUGCGGUCGACUGGUUCUUGGACCGACUUCGUACCACCACCAAUGUUCUGGGAGACUCUCUCGGAGCAGGAAUUGUGGAACACCUGUCACGGCACGAGCUGAAGACCCAAGAUCUGGAAAUGGGUAAUUCCGUGAUCGAAGAGAAUGAAAUGAAGAAGCCCUACCAGCUCAUUUCCCAGGAAAAUGUGGCCGACAAAUCCACCGACAGUGAAACCAAGAUGUAGGCUGGGGAAAAUAACCGGGUGUCCAGAUUAGUAGAAGUCUGAAAACCAUUCUGCUUUUUCCAUCCAUUUAUAACAUCUCACUUUCCACAAGUCCCUUGAUAGCUUGCUUUCUCCUCCUAGUCGGAUAGCAUCGACAGUGUUCAUCAACAAACAAGGAGAAGGAGCAAUGGCCAGAACAAAAGAUUGUCAUCCCUCUUUAAAAAUCAAAACCAACUAGAGUUUCCUGCUGAUCAUGCUGGGUAUGAGAGGAGAGCAAAAGAUUUGUUGAUCAGAUCAACAAGAACAUACAAGUGUACAUGUUACUCAAAUCCUGUAAAUGUGAUCCCUUUUUUUUUUCUUUUAUAAACUGGAAAUCACUCUUUAUAACAGGCUGAAAAUGUUUUUAUUUUUUUAAACUCCUGUUACAAAUCCUUAAUAUCCUUCAGCAUGCAGUCCAAUUUAGCACUCAAAAGAUAAUAACUUGAUAUAAUGGCCAUCCAGAGAACAGAAGUGCAGAGAACCUUUUUUUUUUUCUCCCUUAGGAUAUGGUAUUUCCAUAUCUUGCUGCGAGCAGGCGAUAUCAAAGUGCCCACGGACAAAGGGAGCUGAGAGGGGUGAGCAGCGAUGCAUCUAUGUCCUGCGUUCUGUCCCCUAACUUCUUGUAUGAAAGGUCAUUUAGGAGAGGGUGGGCCUUCCAUUUUAUUGCCAGAGAGCCCACAUCCACAUGGCGGAAGGGGCAGUGAGGUUUCAAAUGCCCUGUGUUUGGGACAGCUCUUCCUGUAGGGGAAAGUGCUCCCAGUUUCCCUCAUUCAAGGGAGAACUGAAGUCUUAAGGGUUUAUCCACUACUUCACUAAUCAGGAUAGUCUUUAGAACGUAGAACUGAAAACUAAAUGAAUAUUCAUGGUCUUCCUGAGUAUUAGGAGAACUCUAAUUGGCAGGACGGCGUGCUCAGAACCUAUAAAGAGAGGAUUUUAAAGACGAUUGCCAGAGGCUUUCAAAGUGAACGGGAAGAACAUUCAGAAGAUUGGAGCGGGGAGGGUCUCAUAGACAUUGCUUUUUCCGUUCAGUCCAAAGUCAUUCCCCAGAGUAGUCACAGAAGGGCGGAACAUUAAGUUUAUAUAUUUUUCUCUCGUAUUUGUUUUUAGGAGUCAAAAUGGAAGAGAUUAAUUAAGGAGGUAGAGGUGGGUGUUUGAGGAACUGGGGACCCAAGAGCCUGAAGCUCUAUGUGUUGCUGACUUGUACUUCCCAAGCGCUUAGUACAGUGCUCUGCACACAGUAAGCGCUCAAUAAAUACGAUUGAAUGAAUGAAUGAAGCAGGGAGGGUGUCUCUGCUUACCUGAAAAUGUUUUUGCCUUGGGUAUGACGUUCACCAACUAAGGGAAAUGAGAGAUAUCUUUGGGUUGGAAUUCCACUCGUCAAGUACAUGAGCCCUUCAGCUGGAACUUUGUUCCUGAAAGAAAUAGCGAGACGACGUACGGAGGGAGAUCACGGUGAUGAAGAGUGGGGUGUUCGUUUGAGGCAGGACAUCUCCCAGGCUUCAGGUGGUGAUGCAGGUUUGGUUCCCUAGGAAUGCUCAGGAUCCUUGUGGUCAACUGGAAGUGUCGGGCAAUGCAAGCUUUGUUUGAAGUGCUGACUGAAAGUCGCGAAGAUGGACUCGCUAACCGAUUGAAAAAUCUAGACACAAAUCCUCUGAUGUUUUUAGGCAUGUUUUCAUAUAGAUUCAGUGCCGAGCGUGUGUAUAAAGAGUUAACACUAGUCUGUAUGAAGUAACAAUUAAUGUUUUGUGGCAGUUAUGUUUGGCGAUACUUGGCAAAGAUUUCAUGUAAAUGCUGUCGUCCUACGAACCUAUGGAGAAAAAUGAACAGUGCAUCUUUUUUAUACUAACUGUUUCUUAUGGAAAUCAGGUCCCCUAAGAUGUACCCUCCCCUCCACUUCUCACUGGCUCAGCAGGAAGCUGUCCAGUGGGAGUAGAAAACCGUGACUUUGUAGAUGUAUUUUCAAUAAAAGAUAGUUUUACAUUAUA